AUGUCAAGCUCAAUACCUAGAGUUUACUCUCUAGGGAACUCAGCCAUGACGUACUUACUAGCAUUGAGAAUUGCACAACUCCCGAGUCAACCAAAGGUUCCAUCAGUUGUUCUUCUUUUAAACGACCAGAAGAAACUGAAUAGAUUCCUCAAUAAUGACUCUAAAAUUAUUGUUAAAUCGAGUAACAACAAUAAAGAAACUUAUCAUAGACAGUUUAUGGCAUCUUGUGUCCCGCCCAUUCUAAGCAAUGGUGAAAUUGCACCAAUUGAAAAUUUAAUUGUCUCAGAUCCCUCUUCGAAAUUUAUCACUGCCCAACUUUCUAAAUACAAUAAAUCUUUGAGACCCGAAACCAACAUUCUGUUUUUGAAUCCAAGCUUAAAUCUAUUGGAACAUUUGCAUAGAUAUCGAUGGCGCUUUGAUGAGGCAAGACCAAACUUGUUCAUGGGCUUUACAACACCAGUUGACGUUGGGACCAUACAUCAAGAAUUUCAACUGUCUCUCAAAGUGAAAGGAAGGAUACAAUUUCAUAUUGCAAAGAUUGAUGGUUUUCCUCGAAUGAGUAGUACUGGUAAAAGUGCGAGUCUUUCUCUAAGAGGUGACAGGCAGAAAAAUGAAAAAGAAAAUAAUGCGUUUUAUAAGUUGUUUAGAGAAAUUUCCAGGCUACGAUCUGGAAUAGGUUCCGAUCUAGUUAGUUUUGAUCUGCAUGUUCAUGGUUUCCAGGAUUUGUUCUUCACUGAACUGGAGAAAUUGAUAUUGGAGAGUUGUACCGAGCCAUUAUUGGCAGUAUAUGAUUGCGUAUAUAAAAAGGAACUUUUGAAAAUCCCCGGAGCACAAGAUAUAAUAAAAAAGUUGAUUAGUGAGCAGCUGUCAAUUAUCGAUCGAUCCUACCCGUCACUAAACACCAACCCAAACUAUUCUGUAAUCUUUGACAAGGAGAGAAUAUUUAGCUUGGUGAUGAGAGAUCUAGAAGUUAAUGGGCACAAGCGCGCUAAGUUGGCCCAAUCUUUAAAUCAAUUGAAUCAAACGAACAUUAAUGAACUUAACGGAUUUUUUGUUUCUCUUGGUAAGUACAAAAAAUGUAACUGCAAGUGGAAUGAUAUACUUCUGACUUUAAUAAAAGGGAAACAGUUUAUUACUAAGCAAAAAGCACUAGAUUAUCAUUACCUGUGA